AUGCCUCUCAUACUGGAUAAUUCCAUGCAAGUAGACCUCGACAAUGUCGAUGACUUGUUUGGCGACGAUGUCCCUCUCUCGAUUCCUGUCAGAUCCCAGGGCAAACAAUUGCAGCAACGGCUAGAUGAGCUUAGGAACCGAGGCGCCUGCCAAGCUGUCGCAUGGUCCAAGUCUGGCACAAUAGCUUCAUUGACUCCCGAUGGUCUGACUCUUGAGCUUCGGUUCUUAAGAUGCCAUCCGGACACCGGGGCUUGGGAGCUCAGUGAGCCAACCACUUGUGACCUUGUCAAGGGAACGCCAGCAAUUCCCCUGGUGCACUUGGAAUGGGGCACGACAAACACUCCGGAUCUGGCUAUAAUAGAUGCAGCUGGAAGAGUUGCUUUGUAUAUGCUGAAAAUCGUGUUGUCGAAAACUUCUGACUCGUCCAAGAAACCGUUCAACAUCAUGUACGGGCCGGCAAAUAAGAAUGGAAACGGGUAUCAAUAUGAAAGCUCCUUCGUACAUGCUAUAGGGCCAAAUCACCCGCAUUCGGCCAAGAGCGCUCUUUUCUGUGUGAGCUCUGGGGGUAUGUUGAAGAUGUACUGGUCACAGAACAACGGCCGCAUGGAGGAGACAACAAUGGAGCUCGAGAGCAUAAACACAUCAGAUGAGCUUGUCACGCAUGCAGCUUUUGCUUCCGAUAAAAAACACCUGCUUGCUGCUGUUGCAACCUCGUCUCGACAAUUGAGGCUCCUUAAAAUCGAAAUACAGUGGGCGGGACCUGGUUCCUCUUCAGAGAAAACUACCAUGCCCCAGAAUGCAAGGUUAAAUCCCGCUCUUGUGGAAACACAUGUUGCAUCGGCCAGCUGGUUAUGUGCUGGCCCCAACGAAACAAAUUAUGACGCUUCGAUGGCUGAACUCUCGUUUUUACAUGUCUUGCCGGCCGUUAUGGACAACACUGGCUCCAGCACAGUUCCGCCAUUGAUCAUGACUGUGAGGUCGAGGGAUGUGGGUGAUGGAUCCUUCCAAUCAGCCCAGAGCGUCUUGGAUCGGUGGGAAGCAAUCGAAUCCAAGCAAAGUCUUGAUUCUGCCUUCGAACAGCUGGGAAAUCGGAGAAACAGUGUUUCGUCGGAUCUGCCAAGCACCAUAAAGCUUAAAAAACUGGAACCCAUCGUGAUCAACAAGGUCGUCAUUGGAAUUCAGGAUAUCCAAUACAGAAAAGUCCUUAUUUUGACAAUGUCAGAUGGGUCGAUCGAGUAUCGAGAUCGCUUUACGUUCGAAGAAAUGUAUGUGAAUGAAGACCUCACCAAAGUCAUGACCUUGCGACAGGUCGGAUGGGGCUUUUCCGAUGACGGACCCUGCCAUCAAGUCGCCUUCUCCCCAACAUGCUGUUCCAUGAUACAGAUUGGAGACGAUGGAAAGGUCCGGUGGAACAAACUUGAGUAUCCAUCAAGUGAUAUUGGCAACUCUCCGCAAGAUCCUGUUGUCCAACCUCUGGCAAUAAGAAAGAGAUUUUUACCUGACUGGAUCAGUGAAAUCAUUCGAAUUCUGAAGAUUCAAGUCGAUUAUUCUGAGGAGACGCACCAUGACUCGCUUAUGAGGAACUCUCCGCUGCAGUCUUGCCUCAGCAUAAUGAGUAGCUUGGGGUUUCAAGGGGAAACUCGAAGGCGAUCAUUUCAGAGCAAAUUUGCCAUCAUCAGUCUGAAUAUGCGAAAUGUUGUGAUUCUCAUCACUCUUGCGAGCAACACGCCAAUGAACAUCAGAGAGAAGAUGAGUCCUUUGGAUGAACACGAGGUUGUGGAAGCUCUCGCAGGCUGCGCAAAGUGGUCUGUCGAUCUGCUGUGCUGGUUGGUUGACUGUCUAUUUGAGUUGAUGAAUGAUGACAACUUUAUACAACGACUAAAUCCACAACGAUUUGGGGAGUUGAACCAAUAUCUACACGACAGGAACGACGUCUCACUCCAUUUGUUGCUCUCGUCUUCAAGUCGCAGCUUCGUGUCGGCUGUAUGCCGCAGAAUUUCCCUCCUAGAGAACAUUAGCAACAAAGCCAUCGACUUCUAUAAACGACAGGCAUCAGGAGAUCAACAAGGCGGUGCUAAACCACCCAAUCCUCAACUGCAGCAAGCAUACCAAAAAAUGCAGCAGGUGACAUCCACGAGCCUGAUUAAAGUAACCGAAUUUGAGAAGUUGCUCAAUAUACUGGCGUCGGAUAUCCGACAAACAUACGCAGCAUACAUACCCGGGAUAGCUAAGAACCGGUCCAAUCCGCCGCAAGGGAAACAGUUGGAUAUUGCUAUCAAGAACACUCAAGCUCAUUUCGAGAUGGCGAUGUUGCUAAGUGGGUCUCUCGGCUCGUAUUUCCUACCGGUGUUGAGCAAGUUCUUUGCCAAGGAUCUCCCUGCGUUCCGCAAGCUCACCGAUCCGGCCAAGUUGUUUUUUGCAGACUUUGAACUCUUGGAAGUACAAGAUGACAGGAGUAGUCUGGCUGCUAGAAAGGCCAAGGGUGUGCAUGUGGACAUCUUCAAGAGGACAGAGCUACGAGGCGGCCGUGGAACAAGCAGAUGGAGGAGAUGCACAAGAUGCACAGCGGUGAUGGAAGACGUGUUUGGCAGUCGCCCUGGCUUCACCUUUGUGCUUGCACAACAGCGCAAAUGUUCUUGCAGCGGUUAUUGGGCAUUACUUCCUAAGGGAAAACUAGUCUUGUAA